UAAAGGCAGAGAGCGGAGACAGACAGCUGUUUGUUUAGGGAAAAGUGACUCCUGCUGUGGAGGAGAGGCGAUCACUCACGAUGCCAGAGCCGGUCAAAAAAACAAUUUCAGCAUUUACCAAGAAACCAAAGACUAAGGAGGCAGAGGAAGGUUCCUCUGUGCUCUUUGAAGCAGAGACUGAGAAGCCAGACACUAAAGUGAAAUGGCAGUGCAACUCAAAGGACAUUUCCAGUGGCGACAAAUGCAUGAUCACAGCCAACGGAAACAAGCACUCUCUCACUAUAAAAGCAGUAGCCCGGGACGAUGCCAAUAUCUAUGCGGUGAUUGCUGGGGGGUCAAAAGUCAAGUUUGAGCUGAAGGUCCUACCAAAGCCAGAAGCUCCAGUCAAGGCCCCUGCUGAGGCCCCUGCUGAGUCCCAAAAGGCAGAAGCAGCAGAACAAGCACCACCUGCAGCUGCACCUCCAGGGGAAGACGCUGUGGCACCAGCACACAAUGGCGCUCCAGCUGAGGACCUUCCAGACACCAGACAGGACCUGACUGGACUCUUCACAGAGAAACCCCAGAGUGGAGAGGUCACAGAAGGUGGAAACAUCACCUUUGUGGCAAAAGUGGGUGUCGAGUCGUUGCUGAAGAAACCGACCGUCAAGUGGUUCAAAGGGAAGUGGAUGGACCUCGCCAGCAAAUCUGGGAAACACCUGCAGCUGAAGGAGUCAUUCGACCGCAACACUAAGGUCCACACGUUUGAGAUGCAGAUCAUCGAUGCCAAGCCCAACUUUGCAGGAGGCUACAGAUGUGAGGUUUCCUCCAAAGACAAGUUUGACAGCUGUAAUUUUGAUCUGAGUGUUCAUGAGGCUCGUGCAACUGAGGGCUUUGACAUUAGAGCAGCAUUCAGGCGCACUAGCACCGAGGGAAACGACGACUCGGGAGAGCUGGAUUUCAGCACCCUGUUGAAGAAGAGAUAUUCAAUCAGUUCUGUGCACGUGAGCGCCGAACCCGACGUGGACGUGUGGGACAUCCUGAGCCACGCCCCCGCUUCGGAAUACCAGAAGAUCGCGUUCCAGCACGGCAUCACCGACCUGCGAGGCAUGCUGAAGCGACUGAAGAAGAUGAAGAAGGAGGAGAAGAAAAGCGCAGCGUUCAUGAAGAAGCUGGACCCUGCCUACCAAGUGACCAAGGGCCAUAAAAUCAAACUAGCGGUUGAGGUCGCCAAUGCAGAUGUGGAGGUGAAAUGGCGGAAGAACGGGCAGGAUAUCCACCCAACUGGAAGCAAGUACAUUUUCGAGAGCGUCGGCAACAUGCGUUACCUCACCAUCAACAACUGCUCGUUGGCAGAUGACGCCGCGUAUUGUUGUUUGGUGGGUGAGGAGAAGUGCACCACUGAGCUCUUUGUUAAAGAGCCCCCUGUUGUGAUUGUGAAGAACCUGGAGGAUCAGAUGAUCAUGAAUGGAGAGCGGGUGGAGCUGGAGUGUGAAGUCUCAGAGGAAGGAGCCAAUGUUAAAUGGGAGCGAGAUGGCGUGGAGCUGACGCGAGACGAGUCCUUCAAGUACCGCUUCAAGAAAGACGGCUGCAAACAUUAUCUGAUCAUCAACGAGGCCACGAAGGACGACUGCGGCCACUACAAGGUCAAGACAAACGGCGGGGAGUCCAUGGCGGAGGUCAUGGUGCAGGAGAAAGAGCUGGAGGUCUACCAGAGCAUCGCAGACCUCACAGUGAAGGCCAAGGAUCAGGCCGUGUUCAAGUGUGAGGUGUCGGAUGAGAAAGUAAGAGGAACCUGGUUCAAGAAUGGCGUGGAAGUCAAGCCUGACGCCAGAGUAAAUAUCACACACAUUGGCAGAAUCCACAAACUGACCAUUGAUGAUGUGAAACCGGAGGAUGAGGCCGACUACACUUUCGUGCCAGACGGCCACGCUUUCAACCUCUCUGCCAAACUCAAUUUCUUGGAGGUGAAGAUUGAUUACGUGCCACGCCAAGAUCCUCCCAAGAUCCACCUGGACUGCAUGGGUCGCACUGCGGACUCAACCAUCGUGGUGGUGGCGGGUAACAAACUGCGUCUGGACGUCCCAAUCACCGGGGAUCCGGCUCCCACUGUGGUCUGGACCAAAGGGGAGAAGGCUAGUUCUCUAAAACCCGGCGGAGGGGAGAACGGAGAGACGGCAACCUCUUGGACCGUGAAGGACGGGAAAGUGAUCACAGAAGGAGACGGGAGGGUCCACGUUGAAACCACCAAGGGCCACUGUAUCUUCACCAUCGAGGGGACUGAGAGGCAGGACGAGGGAGGCUACUCUGUCGUGGUGCGAAACCCCGCGGGCGAGGACACCGCAGACAUCCACGUGAAGGUUGUCGAUGUUCCAGAUCCUCCCCAAGCUCCCAGAAUCCUCAGCGUUGCAGAGGACUCCUGUGUCGUCCAAUGGGAUCCCCCUCUGUUUGACGGUGGACAGCCAAUCAUUGGCUACGUGCUGGAACGGAAGAAGACAAAGAGCUACAGGUGGAUGAGGCUGAACUUUGACCCGUACCCAGACACCACCUAUGAAGCCAAGAGGAUGAUUGAAGGCAUUCCGUAUGAGAUGCGAGUCUAUGCCGUCAACAGCAUCGGCAUGUCCCGGAACAGUCCUGCCUCACAGCCGUUUGUGCCAAUGGCCCCGACAAGUGAGCCGCUCGGACUGUGCGUGGACGAUAUCAACGACACUUCCAUCUCGCUGAAGUGGCGGCGGCCUGAGCGGAUCGGCUCCUGUGAGCUCCAGGGAUAUGGGGUGGAGUACUGCAAGGAGGGAACGGAUGAGUGGAUCCCAGCCAUUCAGGGUCUGACUGAGAGGACGUCGCUGGUCGUCAGGGGCCUCAACACCGGGGACAAGCUGCAGUUCCGCGUGCGGGCCUACAACAUGGCGGGACCCAGUCCCCCCUCCACUCUGGAUCAAGCCGUCACCAUCAGAGAGAUCAUGCAACGUCCAAAGAUUUUCAUCCCCAGAAAUCUCCGCCAGACUCUCAUCAAGAAAGUUGGCGACACUGUCAACAUCAUGAUUCCCUUCCAGGGAAAGCCCAGGCCACAGGUCACGUGGAGCAAAGACGGCGAGCCUCUAAACCCUUCAUUCGCCAGCGUGAGAAACAGCGACGUAGAUACCAUCCUCUUCAUUCGCAGGACGGACAGACAGCACUCAGGGAAGUACGAUCUAAAGGUCCAGAUUGAGAACGUGGAGGACACGGCGUGUGUCAACCUGCAGAUUGUCGAUCUGCCAGGACCUCCUCUGAAUCUGAAGAUCAUGGAUAUCUGGGGCUUCAACGUGGCCCUCGAGUGGAAACCACCAAAGGAUGAUGGUAACUGUGAAAUCACUGGUUACACCGUUCAGAAAGCUGACAAGAAAACCAUGGAGUGGUUCACAGUCUGCGAUCAGUACAGGCGAACCAACUGCAUUGCCUCUGACCUCAUCAUGGGGAAUGAGUAUGUCUUCCGGGUCUUUGCCAUGAACCUGGUGGGUCUCAGCCCUGAGGCGUGCAACACCAAGGACAGUGCUUACAUCCAGAAAACAGGGAUGGCGUACAAGCCGCCAUCCUAUAAGGACCAUGACUUUGCAGAGGCUCCCAAGUUCACGCAUCCUUUAGUGAGCCGUUCUGUCAUAGCAGGAUACAACGCCACCCUCAGCUGCUCAGUCAGAGGCAUACCAAAGCCCAAAGUGACCUGGUACAAAAACAAGAUGGACAUCACGAACGAAGCCAAGUACCGCAUGCUCAGCAAGCACGGCGUCCUGACGCUGGAGAUCCGCAAGCCCUGUCCGUUCGACGGGGGCGUGUACACGUGCAAGGCGGUCAACGACAGCGGAGAAGACGCGGUGGAGUGUAAGCUGGAGGUCCGCUCUCAAGUCUUUAAAGAGGAAAAGAAAAUUGAAAAGUAAGAGGCUCCGGGUGCUGAACCGAAGAGCGGGUCCAGCCGUCUGUGAAUCGUCCUGAAUGUCCCUCUUCACCCUUCACCUGCAUCUUCAUCAUCUUUUUUUCCCCGUGUGUGUUAGCAACUCUCCCCUCUUCCACCAUCAGCCUGUGUCGAGUCACUCUCACCUCUCGCUGCGUUGAUAUCAUCAAUAUCAUAUCAUGAAGUCAAGUGGUUCAAUCCACUGGAAGGUUUUAGUCGAAGAAACAAGACGCUUAUUUCUCAUUCAUUUCAAACCGGACAAUGGAUGAUGGUGUGGAGUCAAACUAAUUUAUCAUAAUGUGGAUUAUUUUGUGUGAUAAUUUGUGUGCAUAAAAUGAUUUAAACACACUAAA